AUGUCUACGCCCCCACCCAUCGAGCUGGCCACGGCAGCCUUGCAGGACAAGACGCUUUCCGCAAAAGCGCUCGCCUCGACAAUCGUCGCGCAGUGCCGCCACACAGUGCAGCUCGCGGCCGCAUCGGACGAAACGUCCGGCGGACGUAAGGAAGACGGGGACACGCUUGGGCUGGAAGGGUAUCUGUGGACUAUCUGGUUCGCGCUCGCCGAUGUCGCGAUGGAGGACCCCUCGCGUCAUGACUUCUUCGUGAACGUGCUUGUCGCGAUCAAGGCGAACGGGAAUGAAAACGGCGAGUGGCAGAUUUGGAGCGAAUCGUUCGAUUGGGCGGACCUGCCGCUCUGGGGUGCGACCGUCGCCGAGACCAUGCAUCGUGGUCUGACCCCGGACGACGACGACGAAGGAAAGAGGAUAUGGCCAUACGAUGAGAAGCUGGGCGAGUCCAUUCUUGCAGGUGACACCCCUCCGGAUACGCUGGAGGGACGGGGUUGGGCUCGCGCACGCACAGGAUGGCUCAACUACAAUAUCUUCCGUGCGUGCCUCUGGGCGCUGGACGCCGUCGAGGAUCCACACUGGGCGAUGGUCAUGGUCGCCGGGUACCUCGAACCGCUCUCACUCCCCGAGGACGUAUGGAGGUCGAAGCCCAGCGACGCCACGUUCCCAUGCGAGCUGGGGAUGGAGACGGGGAUGAUAUGGUUGCGGGUCGCAGGCGCGCAGAUGUUCGCGUGCCGCGAGGUUUGGGAUCGUGAAACGAAGAUCAUCACCUCCCCGGGAAGGAGUGGGGGAACGUGGACGGGCGUAGUUGGGUAUCACCCUGACCGAUGGGCGCAUUGGAAGGAUAUCCUCCAAGCCCUUGUCGAAGAGGAGAAGGGCGAGUGGCGCCCGAACGUAAUGGAAGCGGCGAAGUUGACUUUGCAAGCCAUGGAAAAGGUGGAGGGAUCCCACAGACCGCGAAGCUGAUUGAGAGGUACAUAAAUCGCAGGUUCAUAGUCGUGGUGUUACAGCCGUACAAGUACACCGUUUCCUCUCAAACUCCUCACGUCGCGCAUCGAGGUAGCAUAUCAGGACAAAAAAA